AUGGCAUCCGGGUCAUAUCACGCAGUAGAACCGGCACUGUUCGCAGACUUCCCUGAUCUAACCGCAGAAUCAGGACUACGGCCCUACACCUUAGAUCCAGCAGCGUUUGCGGAUUUUCCUCACCAAGCAGUGGCAUCCGGGUCAUAUCACGCAGUAGAACCGGCACCGUUCGCAGACUUCCCUGAUCUGACCGCAGAAUCAGGACUACGGCCCUACACCUUAGAUCCAGCAGCGUUUGCGGAUUUUCCUGACCAAACAAUGGCAUCCGGGCCAUGGGGCACUUUGGACCCGGGGCGCUUCCUCGACUUCCCCGAUUCAACAGCAGAAUGUCGCGAACGAGCACAUGCCGUUGACCUGUUGGAACUGUCGAAUUUACAAAACCAAUUGUAA